AUGUCGCCUGCGAUGGCGUCGCGCCUGGCGCUGGUGGCAGGGCUGCUGCUCAUCAUGGGGAGCACGAGCUGCUCCGCCGUCUCGCUCGCCCGCGCGGGGCCCGAGCACGCGGACCCCUUUGGCGUCAGCCCCCUCGGCAGGUCUGGCGGCGCACAGGCGGGGGCCGCUGCCAGGGCAAGCUGUGAGGAUGCGCAGCCGAGGAGCGCCUGCUUCAACGCGGUGACGUGGCUGCGCCAGGAGGGGUUCAACAAGCACCCGGAGUGGUACCCCGACUACGGCCGCAGCAGCACCUUCCGGGAGGUGCAGGACCUGCUGAGCCGCCUGGGCAAGUCCGGGUGCCCGCGGCCGUGCCUCUCGGAGCAGGGCGCCCUGGAGGCGAGCGAGGUGAUCGAGCUGGAGGACGGCGGCAGGCAGGUGCCGAGCAGGUCGCACCUCCUCGCCGUGCCCACCGCGGGCUGCCACGACGCGGCCGAGGGCGAGUGGUGCCACAAGUCCAUCGCCUGGCUGAAGGCAAAGGGCCUGGAGAGGCACCCCGACUGGUACCCCAACCUCAGCCGCCGCUCCUCCAGCUACGAGAUCCAGGCGGUGCUGCACGCGCAGGGCAAGUCCGACUGCCCGAAGCCCUGCGAGGGGCGGCCCGAGCCCGAGCAGACGCCCUAUGCCGUGCCGAAGGAGAUCACCCCCUCGGAGGCGGAGUCGAGCGGGGAGUGCGCCGAUGCGCGGCCGGACACGCGGUGCUACACCGCCGUGGCCUACGGCCUCGCCGAGGGCCUCGCCGCGCACCCGGACUUCUACCCGGGCCUCAGGGCCACGGCCACGUUCAAGCAGGUGCAGGAGAGUCCCUUGUACCUCCAGGACCAGGUUCGGCUGCGAGAGGCCUUGCCCCGACCUGCCCUGGUCGGUGUCCCCGCGGGCCCGGCGCCGUGA